AGGCAAGAGAUAAAGGGAGUGGACAGCUAAGGAGAGAGGCGCUUCAUUUUGACGCCCUCGCGGACCUUCCCGGACUUCCGUCACUGUCUCUAGAGAGAGCGCUUCCGAGAGAGAGUGGUUCCUUCCUUUUCCCACCUCGCCGGAGCUGAGACUUUUUCCCCAUCUUAUCCCAACGGCGUAACGAAGAGUAAGUACUCUCUACAUUUUGAAGAAUGGCUCAGCUAUUAUCCACCACGUGUUCCAUAAGGACUCCAGAUAGAAGAACAUCUUUUAGGAAUCCACAGUAUACUUCCCUCUCAUUCGCUGGUUCUCAAUGCAUGCCAAAAAGCUUCGUAAAGCAAAGCAGGAAAAGGUCAGUAAUCUUCAGGAAGUCCAACAUAUCUGCAAUUGCGACUCCAGUAAAAGAAUCUGAACUCCAAAAUAAAUCUUCAGACAGAAGUUCUAGACGGCCUAAACGUGCAAUGGUCAUUGGAGGUGAUGGAUAUUGCGGUUGGGCUACUGCCCUCCACCUCUCUAACAGAGGUUAUGAAGUUGCCGUUGUUGAUAAUCUUGUUCGUCGCCUCUUCGACAACCAACUUGGAAUCUCAUCCCUCACGCCCAUUUCGUCCAUUCAAGACCGCCUACGGUGCUGGAAGCAGUUAACUGGAAAAACCAUUUCUCUUUUCGUUGGUGACAUAUGUGACUUUGAAUUUCUGUCUGAGGCCUUCAAGGCCUUCGAACCAGAGGCCGUGGUCCACUUUGGUGAGCAACGUUCGGCACCCUAUUCUAUGAUUGAUAGAGGCCGGGCAGUUUAUACACAACAUAACAAUGUAAUCGGGACAUUGAAUGUGCUGUUUGCAAUGAAGGAAUAUGCACCGGAGUGCCAUUUGGUGAAGCUCGGGACGAUGGGAGAGUAUGGGACUCCCAACAUUGACAUAGAGGAAGGGUAUAUCACGAUUACUCACAAUGGGAGAACGGAUACAUUACCAUUCCCGAAGCAGGCAAGCUCAUUUUACCAUCUCAGUAAGGUGCAUGAUUCUAAUAAUAUAGCCUUUACGUGCAAAGCUUGGGGCUUGAGUGCAACUGACCUCAACCAAGGUGUGGUUUACGGGGUUAGAACAGAGGAGACUGCAAUGCAUGAAGACUUGGUCAACAGGUUCGAUUAUGAUGCAGUGUAUGGGACAGCCUUAAACAGGUUCUGUGUUCAAGCUGCAGUUGGGCAUCCUCUUACUGUGUACGGCAAAGGUGGUCAGACCAGAGGAUACCUUGACAUCAGGGACACGGUGCAAUGUGUUGAGAUUGCUAUUGCUAACCCGGCAAGCCCCGGCGAGUUCCGUGUCUUCAACCAAUUCACUGAGCAGUUCUCUGUCAAUGAACUAGCAGAAGCCGUCACAAAAGCCGGGGAGAAGCUUGGCUUGGAGGUGCGCACCAUUUCUGUGCCAAACCCGCGAGUAGAGGCUGAGGAACACUACUACAAUGCCAAGCACACAAAACUGAUCGAAUUAGGACUGAAGCCUCACCUCCUAUCCGAUUCUCUCCUCGAUUCCUUGCUCAAUUUUACCAUGAAGUUCAGUGACAGAGUAGACAAAGAACAGAUUAUGCCCACCGUUUCAUGGAAGAAGAUCGGUGUGAAACCUAGAACGGUGGUUGCUGAAGCAUCUCGGUGAAGCCAGUAAACUCAUGCUUCACUGACGGGGAAAAAUAAUUUGUCAACAGUGAGAAGUUGACAUGCAUAGUUUGUGUGUGUAUGAUAUCCUGCCAUGCUUUCUAUCGUAAGAGAGUCCAAAAAAACUGUUUCGCAACUUCCGCUUGGAUAAUGAAAAUGCUGUUUUUCUUCUCUCCCAUAUUGUAGUCUUUUGCUUCCGUGCUUAUGCUUUUGUGCCUGUAACAUUGAGAAACCUUCUUACAUACGGAAGAAAAAAAAAGCAAGUUCAAUGAGAUUUUA